AUGAAUUUCACAACAGUAGGAGGCCAAGACCAGGUUUUAAGUAAGGUUAUUGAACUGGUCAAGAAGUACGACACAACCAAUGCCUCUAAGGUUACCGAAACGGCUGAUUUUAAGAAAGAUUUGUCGCUGGACAGCUUAGACAGGGUGGAGAUAGUGAUGGCUAUUGAAGAAGAGUUCUCUAUUGAGAUCCCUGAUGAAAAAGCCGAUAAGCUUACUUGUUGUGCUGAUAUUGCAAGCUUCAUAGUCUCUGAAACUCACUCCAAAGCGCCAGAGUCCUGA